AUGUCUCUCCACUUUUACGUUAAUAAAAAAGUCCUGAUCCUCACCGUUGACGGCCGCACGCUCAUCGGCGAUCUCCUGUCAACCGAUCAAGCGACCAAUCUUGUCCUGGCCAAUACUGUUGAACGCAUUAUCCGCACCCCAGACGACGAGGAGCCCUCCACAGAAAUUGAGCAUGGGCUGUACCUGAUCCGCGGUGACAAUGUCGUGGUGUGUGGUGAAAUAGACGAGAAAAUGGACAGCGAGAUCGACUGGUCUAAGGUGAAAGGCGAAGUAAUCCGAGGCACGAAGAAUGCAUGA